UUAAAUUUCGUUAUCAUAGAGAAUACGAUGAUCAAAUAGCUAACAUCAGUGCGGAGAAGCAGCUCCGACCUUGACGAAAAUGUACCUGUUUCUUUGCGAAAAAUCCUGUUGGAAUUUGUUUCUAAUAAUUCAUUGUAAUUUACGGAGAAAAUUGCAUAAACAUUUUCAAUUGCUGUGACUUUAUGUUCUGUAAAAGUAUGGCUAGUGAUAAUUGCGACAGUAGAUAUUUAAAAUGUGUGUACAAAGAGGGCCAAAUGGCAAGCUUAUGAGACUAAACAAGUGUGUGUUCAUUAAGUGAAUUGUUUUCAAAAAUAUUUUAUAUAUUCGUUAGUGACAGAAAUUGUUUAUUUGAAAUCUUACAAGUGACUGCGAAACAAGAUUUGUGGCGAAAAAAGUUAAACCAGACGUAUCAAUAAAAUGAAAAAAUUUACAUUUAAAGGAGUCUUAGACGGUUUUCGAAGUUCUACAGUGAAUCAAUCUACUUCUCUAGGAUCUACUAGAAUAUGCACGGAACAGGAGAUCCAAGAAACGCUGCGACCCGAAAAUUUCCAGCUGCGCAAGACUUUUCGACAUGGAUUUCCAUACUCUCCGACAUCAUUGGCAUACGACCCAGUACAGAGAAUUCUGGCCGUUGGAGACAAAUCCGGUUCCGUUCGGAUAUUGGGAAAAUUUGGAGUUGAUGCUCACGUACGCCAUGAGGGAGAAUCGGCGUGUGCUGUAAAUCUAAUUGAGUUUUUGGUGAACGAAGGCUUGCUAGUAACAGCCACUGCGGAUGACAGUUUGCACCUAUGGGAUUUUCAUUCGAAAGUUCCAUCGGUGAUACAGAGUUUAAAGUUUCAAAGGGAACGGAUAACACAUUUGCACCUUCCAGUAGGCACUAAAUGGUUGUAUGUCGGUACUGAAAAGGGAAACACUCACAUUGUACACGUUGAUUCGUUUUCUUUAAGCGGAUAUAUAAUCAACUGGAACAAGGCGAUUGAUCCUAUCAGGAAAACACACCCUGGCGCGGUAGUUCAUCUAUCAGAUAAUCCUUUAGAUGCUAACAAGCUUCUCAUAGGGUUUGAAACCGGUCAAUUAGUCCUGUGGGAUAUGCGAGGGAGGUGUGCCGAGUUCCGAUGGAUUUCGCAAGAGCCUCUGCUGUCCUGUUCGUGGCAUUACGAAGGAAAACACUUUAUCACAUCUCACACGGAUGGUUCUUUGUGUACGUGGCCUUUAAAACUUUCAACUAAACCUCUAGUGCAUGGUUUCCCACAUGCUAAAACCAAUAAGGAUGGAAAAACCGAAACAUGCAACGCAAUACACAAAGUGGAAGUUAAAACGAAUAGAUUAGGUGACCAAUUUACCAUAUUUUCUGGUGGGCUGCCCACGGAAAAAUGUAGCAGUAAAUCGCAUUGUAUAACAGUAUUAGUUCAAGGCAAGUCAACAACAGUAUUAGAAAUGGAGCAUCCUGUUAUUGAUUUCAUCACGAUAUGUGAAAGUCCUUGGGAAAGCGAUUUACAAGAACCGUAUGCCGUUGCUGUUUUAUUGCAGAAUGAUUUAGUACUUAUUGAUUUACUGACAACUGGAUAUCCUACUUUUGAAUCGCCUUACUCCAUGGAUAUACACGAGUCACAAGUUACGUGUUGUACAUACUUAGCAGAUUGCCCAUCUGACUUGGUUCCCGCGUUCUAUUCGGUGGGGAGGAACACAUCCAACCGCCGCUCUGGCUAUUCGGAACGUGAAUGGCCCAUCAAUGGGGGCGAAUGGCAACCGACUUCUUGUAGCUAUUCGGAAAUCGUUAUGACUGGUCAUCAAGAUGGUUCCAUCAAGUUUUGGGACUCAAGUGCCGGAACAUUACAAGUGCUUUAUAAAUUGAAAACUUCUAAAAUAUUUGAGAAAUCCAGAGUGAGAUCUAUAGAUGCUGGGGAAGAUGAUCCUUUGUCCAUUUCAGCUAUAUCUUUAUGUGCUGAAUCACGGAAGUUGUGUAUAGCCACUAAUAGUGGGCAUGUAGUUUUAUUCAAAUUUAGGCGAGCCGAGAGCACUGGAGAUAUUAUAGUUCUAGAAAUAUUAAUUUCUUAUGAAAAUGCUGUUGAACAAGAAGCGAGUCCUGAAUGCGAAUUUAUACCAAAAUCACUGCCUAGACAAACGGAUUCCCUGGAAAAUGAAAAGAAGUGUAACGGACCAUUAAAAGUGAAAAGCGGACCACAGAAGAAACCACCAGGUUUUCAAGCUCAACUAGUAUGCAUAACAUCAUGGUCAAAAGGCACACAACCUGGUCAAAUAACUGCCCUCACUCUAAAUUCAAGUUUCGGAUUAAUGGCUUAUGGUAAUGAGUACGGACUGUCUGUUGUUGAUAUUGUACAGAAAACUUGUUUGUUAAAUAUGUCUACACAAGAAAUAUAUGGAUCUCUGGAUAUAUUAUCUAGGACUCCAAAAAGUCCCAAAAGGUUGGAGAGUAUGCAGAUGAAAGAUGAUCAGAUCAGAUCACCGAGUAUAGACCAACGACAGAGCUUAUCGGAAGAUGUUAUAGAGGCUACUGAAGAUUUCUAUACUGACGACACAAAACAUGUUGAAAGUGUCUUAACUGAAUCACCCGGCAUUGUUAAACGAGAAAGUAUCUGCCAAAGUGAUCAUAGUGCCUCCGGGAGCUCUAAACUUGAUGAUGAGAUCAACACAGCUCCUCCACAAUCACCUGCACCAGUCAUUACUAAAUCGGAAAGCGAUGAAAUUGAUGAUUGUUGCGCGACUGCGCCUAUACCUCCCAUAAGAGUGAAAAAACUUGCAAAAACGAUGCAAAAAAAUUUAAAAAUGGAGAAAAAAUCAAUAUUCAAUUUUACAGAAAUUUUCAAAAAGUUAAACAAACUGGAUGGAUCCUUCUCGAGGUCUAGAUCAUCUUCAAUGUCAAGUCUAGACAAUGCAAGUUCCGAAACCAUGACGUGUUUGGCCUUUGCGGAUAGCUACAUCAAAAAAAGUGACCCAUCAUCGACCCUACCGACGCUAUGGAUUGGCACGAAUUUGGGUACCGUUCUCACAGUAUCGUUAAGCAUACCUGAUCAGGAAGCGCGCAAAACUGAAGCUGUUCAUGCAUCGCUCACAGGUGUUACGUUUCGUUUGAAAGGAUCUAUUCUAUCAAUGUCAUUAUUGGAUUGCAAUGGUGCUCUUAUACCUUAUACGUUUGAGUCAUGGAAAGAUGAUCUCAAGGAAGGCAAAGACAAACGUGAUAAAACUCCUUCAAAGGCAACAUCCAACAAAACUAGUCCAACAAAUCCAGAUGCUUUAUAUGAUCGUCAAUUUAUAGUUAUUGCUAGCGAAAAACAAGCUGGCGUUUUCGCGCUUCCAAGUCAAAAUUGUGUAUACAAGAAAACUAUUGCUGAGACUGACUUUAUUGUUAAAGCUGAAAUCAUUAGUAUGCGAGAUAGCGUUUGUUUGAUUUGCUACGCGUCAACUGGUUAUCUAAUGGUGUACACGUUACCAAGCCUUAAGCCUUUACUGAAUGUAGAAUUUCUUCCCCUAUCAGACCUAAGCAUUUCGAAAACCUUCAGCUUUAGUAAUAAAGGGCACGGAUUAUACCUAGCUACACCCACCGAAAUUCAAAAGUUUACGGUCUGCCAAGAAUUUUGCAACCAGUACAACGAAAUGCUCGGAGAACUCUUCACACCCCAGGAAAUGCCGGAGGCACCAAAGGAAAGCUUCUUCAAAGGGCUGUUUGGGGGUGGCAUGAGGAAUCUUGAUCGAGAAGAAUUGUUUGGUGAAUCUAGUGGCAAGGCGAAUAAAUCGGUUGCCAAACAUAUACCCGGUCCCAACUCUAAUCUCCAGGAUUUAAACACUAGGGCCACGUCAGCAUCCAGUGAAGUCAGCCGGGCCCAUCAACUGAUGCUCGAGCGCGGUGAUAAGCUAAGUCAGCUCGAGGAAAGAACCGAACGCAUGUCGAACGAAGCGCAACAAUUUUCUAACUCCGCACAUCUUCUAAUGAAUAAAUAUAAGGAUAAAAAGUGGUAUCAACUUUAAUGAACGCGAUACAGUGUACAUAUCUUCGUUAAAGUUGUAGUUUUCAACGUUAUGCUUUCCGUUCAUGUUUUCAUAUUUGAUAUCAAAAGUACAAAAUAUAUAUUUUUUAACUAUGUUAGCGAAACGCUAGGCAUUUUUUCUUUCAAAUAUUUGUUUUGUAUCCUCAUGUUGUUGUGGCAUUUACAUUACUGAUGAGCUUACAAUAGCUGAACGAUAAUAAGAAAUUUGACCAGCUUGAACGCAACAGAACGUGUUAUCUCUCCUGGUCGAAAAAUGAUUUCGACAGUUUCAAGCAUUCAGAAAUGUUUAACCUAAGUCAUUAUUUUUUUUAAGAUAGGAGAAGAAGAAACAACAGAUUUCAUACAGUUCAAAACAAAUUUCAUAAGCGUAAAAAUGCUCUGUUAAGUUAUUUAAGUUUUGUUCGAUUUUAAUCAUGUUUUAUGUCUGCGCCUAUCGACUUGUGCGAAAUGCGUCGAUGAAAAAUUUGUGAGACAUCGUCGGACGGAAUUACCAUGAUUUCUGUGUAAAAAGACUCAGAAAUAUUUGAAUCGCUCUUCAUUUAAUUUGCCUGGAAAUAAAGUACAGUAAAAUUUUAUAGCUUAUAUUUCUUCUGUCAAUGGUUUUUCCGAAUUCAGAGGAAUCUAGAAAGAAGUUUUAACAGAAAACUUAAACAUUCAUAAUUAAUCCUUUCUUUAAAUCGGAGCAGAAUGUAAUUGGAGACGUAUAAAUGAUUGAAAACCAUACCAUCUGGUAAAAAUGAGACGCAUUGGAUAUCGUAAACUAUUUAAACAAUUUAUGUUUGAAAUGGUAUUUCUUGAUAAUAAUGAUUUAGUGCUGAUGUGGUUUAGCGGAUAUGCUUACGCUUGUCUGGUUUUAGUAUGCCAGGCGUACUGGGGUCGAUUCCCGGUAUCGGCAAGAAAACUUCUGGGUUCGAAUCCCAUAAGUUGUCGACAGGUAAGAUGCGUUUCCAUUAGAUAUACUUACUAAAUAUUACAUUUUGCUACCGAUGAAGGAACCAUACAUACAUACAUACAUACAUACAUACAUACAUACAUACAUACAUACAUACAUACACACACACACAUAUAUACAUUUGUUGAUAAUAACCAUUCAGAUUAUAAGUACUGUUCUAUCAGUUGAAAUAAGUCUGGCAGACCACUGAUAGAACUUUACUUGUAACUUGGUGAGCGUUUGAAUUUCAACUACUCUUCAAUCAUUAUGAAAUAUUUCACGAAUCCUAGAAUGUUCUGAAUUUUGAUAAACUAUUUUCCGUAGAAAGUUGUUAACAUCCAUAAUUGAUUCAUACACUGCAAUACAAGUCUCAAACAAACGUUACCCAAAAUAAGUGUGACUGGAAGAUAAAAUUGUUCAAGAACUGAAUUCGGAAUCGGUUUUCUAUCUUCUUAGGUAAGUAUUCCUAAGAUGAAUUGAAUGGAAUCAGCAAUCCCAAGUAGUUCAAUGUUCUUUUCAUGGAACGUGGUAAUCCUGCUAUUAAGUUUCACUCGGAUUGUGCAAUUUUUGAAUAGUUAUGGUAAAAGAGUAUCAAACUUUGUCCAAAAUUUAUCUUAACUUUCUAUUUAUUUAAUUUCCUUGCAAAAAUGCUGAUGUUAAAAUAUUAGUGAUGUCAUAAGUCUCCUGUUGCUUGAAAAACUUGUUAAAAUUUCUCAUAAGAAUUCAAAGCUAGAAAGGUAACGUAGACAAAAAUGGAAGAUCCAGAAAUAUAUAACCUGGAAGAAGAAUGAAGACAAAAAAGUUGGAAGAAAAAGUUUUACAAUAGAAGAGGUGUUGUGAGACCUGUAAGACGACAAAAUCGGGAAUCCUUAGCUUACUUACAAAAUUAUUAGUGAUACUAUACAAAUAUAUCUCACUGUCAGCCUUCUCCAUACUGCUCAUCAAGGACAUGCAUGUCAACACCACCUACUGACGAAAGGUCCUACUAAAUUCACUGAUAGUAUCCAUCACCAACGGCAACUGCAACAAAUCAGAAAUCCGCUUGAAGUAGUUCAGAUCGUCGAUGGUCAUACAUGAUGGAGUGCUUGAUACGUUGCCUUGUUUUUUCAAGAGUGAGGUAUAUUAGUAAUUAAUAACACUAUAUUUAUAUAAGUUUAGUUUUUUUUUCAGCGCAAUGCACCAAAAAAACGCAUUUGCCAGAUCAUGCCUCUAAUUUCCUUUUUGAGACGAAACAUAGCCAAUAUGUUCUAAAAUGAAUUGCUGAAAUUAGAAUAUAUUUUCUACGCAUUUUCCGUCUAAAAACGUUCAUAUAAGAGGAAUAAUCAGGAUUGCUUGGAGUUUUUCCCAUAAAACACAGUGAAUACGCCUUUCAUUUCAAAAGGAUAGUUAGAGCAAUUCAAACCUUUUAGCGAUCCAAAAAAAAGCAAGUUCUACACUGAUUGGGCUCAAAUACUGCUAGCAAAGGUGCUUAUCGCUGGAUAAAAUUGUUCACUAGUAGAUCAAAUAUUUCAGAAGGUAGGUGUUCAUUGGAAUAGUAAGCGCGGAACCUCGCGAGCAUCAGCUAGUCAUCCUGUCCGUUCUGACAGGAAUACAAUCUGGGCGCUUGAGGAAUUCCCUUAGAACUUGUCACUCUUGGAUGCUACUCUUGAGGAACAUGUAGUCAAUAACACAAAAAAUUUGUACAACUUUUUCUUUCCUGAAGCAGAUCGUUUGAGUGUUCUAUCGUCAGUAGAAGGCCACCAGCAGAAGAUAUCAAAUAUUCCAGUUUGACCACAUAAUUACGCCGAGUAGGACAAAGUAUCCUUAAGCUGAGACAAUGUUGCCCUAUUUGAAAUAGUUCCGUUUGACACAAUUUUCGAUUAUGUAGCUCAGCGCCUAACGAUCACUCCUCAAAUUCGGCAUUUAACCAAUUUAACUUUCAGCAGUGGAAGAGAAAUAAUAACUUAUCGCCAAAAAAGUUAUGUUAAUAACAUAUAUAUAUUUUCAAGCCAUUUAGUUUAUCGUUCAUAGGAGGAUGAAUUCCACGCUGGAUUAAAAAGAAAAAUAUUUGUAACCAACGACUGAAUAAUGUAAUUAUGAAACAACAAUUCUUCCAGGGCAUUAAAAUUAGCUAAGAAUGCAUAAUACAGACACAAACACACACAUACAGACACCCGCGAACGAUUGAUAGAAUCGUGUCAUUGUUAGGCGGUUAUUGUAAAGAUAAUAAUGGUUUAUAAAGGUGAUCUAAAAUGGCAAAAAUUGAUUAUCGAUUAUCAGGCUGUUGGAUAAGCGUUUUAAAAGUUUAUUGGCUUAGGUCGUUAGAAUAAUAUUGGCUUUAAGUGAGUUAUAUAAAGACGAUGUACAUAUACUAUUUUGAUAGUAAUUGUAAUGUAAUUGUAAAUAUGUUUGAUAAUUAGGUAAUGAAUGAAAUAAAUAUGAAUUUUUUAAAA